GUGUGUAAGUUAUUCAGUAUAGUAAUGGGUUCGACCAGAAAAACACCCGGGUGAUAUUCGGUCUCAAAAUUUUGUCCUUCUUUACUUCAUUUAUUUUCUUUCUGUGUGCAUUUUAAGUUGGAAUUUAGAGUUCGUUAUAUACCAAUUGCCCAAUCUCGGCAAUGGCGAACGUCGUUCGAUUGAAUUUGCUUGGCAAAUUUAUGAAUUCUUGUAUCCGCCAAACCCAUAUAAGCCGUAACAUUGGCUAUUUCCAUGCCCAUGUCUGUGGUCCGGGACUAACCGGGCAGCAACUGUGGCGUCAGAUGAGCAGUAGCAGCAGCAGCGGCAACAACUCGGAUCCGGAUUCUGAUCCGCCCGACAAUCGGAAUAGACGUUAUAACCGUGAUGGUCGAAACUGCCGUGACUGGCGUAACGGCCGUAAUAAUCGUAGUUCCAGUGGCCAUCGACGUCGCCUACCCAAACGGGAUGAGGAGGAGGACCGCGAGCGUAUGCCUCCCACUUCGUUUAUAGAACGCCGGACGCCCUUCCGGGUGAUUUCUGAUUCUAGUGGUGAUAAUGCCACUUCAGUGAGGAUGCAUCCGAGGGAGCGUAGUCUAACGGCGGAAGAGGAAGAAGAACAGGAGCUGGAGCCAGAGUCGAAGCUGCCGAUGCAGCUUCCACUGCUGUUUACAAUGCGAUCCCACCACCACCAUCACCAUCCCAUGCCCCUGGAAAAGGCGAUGACCAUGCGCCCCUACCAAGUCCAGAGGCGCGAGGCCCAGUUGGCCCGGACACUGAACUCCUACGACUAUCAGGUGUUCUUUAAGCCGUGCAUUCCGCUGCCAGGGCAGGUUUAUGAACUGUCGAGUCGCCUCGGCACCUAUCCAGCUAUCCGGGACCAGCGGAUAUCGCCGUAUCAUCCGGCCAUCGAAUCGAUGCGGAAUCGCAAUAUGGAGAGAAUGAUGCGCGAAUCGCAGGCGCGUCUAGCUACCCGACAGGUGGCCGCCCUCUGCGGCGAGCAGGAGCGCAACUUGGAGGGCAUUAAGGCACUGAUGGCCACCGCUGUGAACGUACGCGGACCGGGUACGGAAACAAUACUCCCCAACAAAUGGGAGUGGGCCAGGCAGAGUUUCCAGGAUGGGAAACGGAACAUGGAGGCGGAUACGAUGCAGUCGCUAGCGAUGCUUCAGAUGCUAAGACGGGCGAUUAUCAAUGGAAUGGCCGACAAGGGAGCACCCACCAAGUUCAGGGACCUGAGGGUCUCCAAAAUGAACAACAAGCUGGAGUGGAAUGGCCUGCGUCCGUGUCGCAAGAACACCGAUCCCUUCGGCGUGGAUCGCAUCAAUGAUACGGUAGACCGUGCCCGGAUGUAUCACAUGCUGAUAAUCUGCGCCCGCUCUGGGCCAAGAAAUCCAAAGAGCAGCAGAAACCGAACGAACAUGAGCAAUUGCAGUUGCCGGGAUGGCAAUAGGAGCACUAACUCUUGCACCACCAGUCGUAUCAGCCUCAUCAACAGGAUACGCAGAAACAUAUGCCUCAGUAAGAUGAAAAUGAUCAAUUCCAAGCCCAAAUACAGUCAGUUCAAGAGAUUACCACUAAGGGAUUUUAAGCUAAGGGCCGUACAACAUCUGCCAAUCACAUCGAAUCUCGUCAAGGACGAGCAGAAGCGUUUGGACAAGCUGAAGGCGGCCAAGGUGCAUCUGCAGGUCCUGCAGGACUCCAUACGGAAUAGAAGAAGCACCGGGAUAUCAUCUCCAUCAGCCAUACCCUUGUCCAGUCGUCCUUGUGCCAGCCAGGAGAAAACCAAAAUGAAUCCAGGCGAUAGCCAGGCUCCUGUCGCGGAGCUCAAGGAUGCAACAGUUAAAAGGGAUAAAAAGGACGACGAAAAGGAUAUGGAUAAAAAAGAAGAGUUGAUAACCAAGGAUAUGGAGCCUGUAGAUCCAACGGAUCUAGCACCAAAAUAAUAUCAAUAUCAGCAUAUUAUUUUAAAUCUAGUACUUAAAAAAAAGUACGAAAAAAACGUCCAUUUAUCAAAAAAAAAAAGAAAAGGAAAAACAGCCAAAAAUUCAGAGCCUAUGUUUUAAAAAUUCAAAAACAUUCAAAACUUUCAUCCAUAUUCCAACGAUCGAGAUCAAAAUUGAAGUGACCAUCCAUUUAGUAUCUAUAUAUUUUUUUAAAACAACACUUUUGUUAUUCCGAAACUGAUCGAUUUGAAUUUUAUAAUCAUUGAUAGAUAGUAUGCAUGGGGCGCCACUAAUUUUUGUAUAAGAAAAAUAAGGAAACUAUGAAUGGAAAAAUAACU